UCUUCCCCACAGAAGACAAGUUUAAAGUGACCCUACAAAUCAGUGUGGCACUUAUUGAAGCAGAAGUGUGAUGUGUUUGCAGGGUGGAGUUACAGGAAGGUUUUACUCUGCAAGAUUUCCAUAAUAUUUCCAAUUAUUUCACUGUGUCUUUACAAGCCGAGUAAGGCAACUCAUGAAUCAGAUGCGAAGAUGACUGUUGAGUACCGCUCCUCUACAGUGACAAACAUGGACAUUGACAACAGUAAAGUUGGCUAUAGCCGACUUUUAGGAGAUGGCAGCAAGCUCCGGUAUGCAGUUUAUGCAUUGAGAAACAGCCCAUUCAGAGCUGCCACAGUUGUUCUUGGGUUGCUGUGUGCUCUUUUGUUGGCUGGGAUCAUAGGUCAGAGUGUCAACUACCGAAAAGUAGAACAAGACCAUCAGAACAACCUAAAAGCUGCGAGCAACGAGAGAGAGAAACAACAGGAGAACCUGAAGAAAGUGCAAAAUGAUGUGAAAAAGCUUGAGACCGGCCGUAAUCAGUUAGAGCAAAGGAAUGAUUACUUAUCUAAAAAGAGAGAUCAAAUACAGACCAAUAACAAUUUACUGACGGAAGAAACAAACACACUUAAACUCAGCCAAAGCCAGUUACAGGCCAGUAAUGCUGCUUUUAGCAAAGAGAUAGAACAGCUAAAAGCCAGUAAAGACCAGUUACAAACUAAUACCAAUGCCUUGUCUGCAGCCAAACUCUUGUUACAAAAACAAUAUGAUUCAACACUCAAACGCAAAAAUGAGAUCCAGGCCAGUUAUGAAUCAGUAAUCAAAGACAAGAACAAUUUACAGAACAAAUACAAUAAUGCAACCAGAUUAAAAGAGCAUCUGCAGUUGAGGUACAAUGACUUGAUUGGAAAGGUUGAGCAUUUGCAGGACAGAUACAACUUCUCUAGCAGUGAGAAAGAGAAGGUGGAAAGCAGUCACCAAAACCUGACAAUAUCAAAAGAAACUCUGCAGGCCUCUUACAACCUACUGAUACAAGCCACAGAUGAGAUGCAGGCUUCUUACGCGUCCUUGGCUCAGGAAAAAGAAGAGCUUGAAAGCAGUUGCAAAAAUGCAAUUGUGGAGAGGGACCAGUUGAAGGUGAAAAAUAACAACCUGACUAUUGAGAGAGACGCAGUACAGGUGGAGGUGGAGAAGCUGAAGAAAAUAGCUCCAGCUAGGAAGUGCCCCACUGGCUGGACAAGGUUUGAGUACAGCUGCUACUUCACAUCGGUUGGCAAAAGUAACUGGAGUUUGGGCAGAAACUACUGUCAAAACAAAAACGCAGACCUGGCUAUAAUAAAAAGUUCAGAGGAAAUGAUGUUCAUAAAUAACUUGUAUUUAAGUGAAAAAGAAGUCUGGAUUGGAUUGACUGACGGAGGAAUAGAGGGGCAGUGGAAAUGGGUAGAUGGGACACCACUGACCACAACGUACUGGGGCAAAGACCAACCCAACAGCUUUGACGGGAGGAACCAGGACUGUGUUGAAUUCUGGCACAGUGCUGCAGGGAAGGGCACCUGGAAUGACGAGAACUGUAGCAUAGAACAACAGUUCAUCUGUGAGAUGUAGUUUACAUGUAGAGAGAGGUGUUGAAGUCUGGCUAGACGUGCUGGCCACUGUCUGAUGAUCAUUAUGUAAUAUCAGUGUAGUUUAAAAGUAUCUAUAUUGGACUGUUUUAAAUUGGAAAUAAUAGAAAUAUCAGACAGUUUGUUUAAAAAUGUAUAUGAUGUAACCAAUUAACACACAAUGACAGUGACGAGUAUUAUGCAGUUACAUUUCAAAGGGGGCUGAGAUUCCCAUAUAUAAUAUAUAUAUAUAUAUAUAUAUAUAUGGGCUGCACGGUGGUGUAGUGGCUAGC